GCGGAAGAAGAAUCAGCCCCGGAGAAGGAAGCAGAAAACCCAAAAUGAAAGCGCCCCCCCCUCCAGCUCUCUUCACACUUGUUGAAUAACGUUUAUCUCCAGCCCUGCGGCGGGUUUUGGACAUUUCUCCACCCGGGUUCUGGCGUCUGUCUCCCGGGUGUGGACGGGCAGGUUUGAGGCUGCAUGGCUGAGCAGCGCUUUGACUGACAAUAACAUCCAUUUCAAACACUUCACACUGCCGCACACACACACACACACACACACUCAGCAUCCACCUCUACUGGAUCGAUAUUUCAUUUUUAUUUAUUCAGCUGCCCAAGCGGGAGCUCCGGGAAUCACAGCGAGCACGGCGCACUGUCCUCGGUGCAGCGCCGCUGGGUGGCACCGCUGUCUCCGGGCGGAGGGACUCUGAUCACGGCGUGGUGGACGGAUCUCUCCACCGUGAGAAGACGACGUCGAAGAGACUUGAAAACAGAGCACUGCCGCCUCCCUGGAUCACCCACACCAUUUUUAAUUAGGGGGAUACUCGAUUAAUAUUUCAGCAGUUAGGUAGGCUGUUUUCUACUCUGUGGGCGGGAGGCUCUGGGAGGCACGCCGACCUCAGCGCCCUCUCCGCCGGGCAGCACCGCUGGGUGGUACCGCUGGGUCCAGCCGGUGAGAUGAGUCUCCACCGGGGGUUAGCAAACUAAUCUCGUUUGGAUCACAAAGUCGUGACCUGGUUGCCUUACUUUGUAUUUCUGGACCUGGAUAAUUAGCUUCUGAGGCAGCGGGGGAAGCUGCAGGACUCACACCGAGCACGGCGCCCUGUCGCCGGGCUGCACCGCCGCGUCCGGCCCGGUGGGAUGCCUCGCCACUGGGAGAGGAUUAUUUUCUAGAGCUCCAGGCUUUUUUCUCCACCUCACCAGUCACACUCCGUGCUGUCACGCUCCUGUCAGUGAGUUUGUGUGUAGGUAGGAGGACAUGGCGGACUCCGGCCGGGCCAGACCGGCGGACCCUGACGCCGCGGACGGCCGGACAGCGAGUCCUCUGACCGGUAAGAAGAGGACGCAGCAGUCGCCUGGUCCCCGGCCCAAGUACCAGAGCUCUGCACCGGGCCACUGCCUCAGGAAAGUCACCCUGACCAAACCCACCUUCUGCCACGGCUGCAGCGACUUCAUCUGGGGGCUCAUCGGCUUCCUCUGUGAAGUGUGUAACUUCAUGUGUCACGAGAAAUGUCUGAAGACGCUGCGCUCAGCUUGUUCCUGCAUGACUCCGUCUCUGGUGCGGGUCCCGGUGGCUCACUGCUUCGGUCCGGCGGGUCAGAAGAAACGUUUCUGCUGCGUCUGCAGGAAACAAACAGAGGGAAGCACGGCGCUAAGAUGUGAAGUGUGUGAGCUGCACGUCCACGCUGACUGUGCCAUCUUCAGCUGUGCAGACUGUCGCAGUUCUCACCUGGAUGGGACUCUGCAGCAGGAUACGUUCCACCACCACUGGAGGGAGGGGAACCUGGCAUCAGCGGCGAGGUGUGAGGUGUGUCGACGUUCCUGCGGUUCGUCUGACGUCCUGUCAGGGAUGCGGUGUGAGUGGUGCGGCAUCACGAGCCACGGGGCGUGUUACCUCAGCGUGCCACCAGAGUGCACUCUGGGACGUCUGCGCUGCAUGCUGCUGCAUCCGGCCUGCGUCCGCCUCGACUCCAGAAACUUCAGCAAGAUGCAUUGCUACUGCAUCACCGAGAGCUGCAACCAUGACCUGGAUAACUGUGAUGAUGUUGAUCCGUCUGCUGCUGCGUCCAAAGAAGGUCAGCCGGCUGCUGCAGAGUCGGGGAAGCAGUUUCUGAAGGUGUUUGACGGUGAUGAUGCGGCCAAGCGAGGUUUCUUCCGAUUGGUUUCCAUGAUUCGAGCCACAAGGAAUGAGGAAGUGGUGGAGGCGGCGCUGCGGGCCUUUUACCUCCCAGAUGACCCUCAGGACUACGAGCUGCAGGAGGUCGGUGGCUUGCAGCGUCUCCAUAGCGACGACAUCCUGAACCGUAACGGCGGUCCGGACAACCGAGGUUCUCUGAAGGACGGAGGUGACUCCUGGCUGCUGAGGGCCAAACCCCGAGACACUGAGGUCAUCAAGGUGUACGCAAGCUGGCCCAGGUCGGAUGCUGCUUUCAUCUCCGUCUCCGUCUCUAAAAACAGCACAGCGGAGUCAGUCCUCACCGAGGUCCUCAGUCAGCUCGACAGACAGGAGGAAGAUGUGUCCAGUUUCAGCCUGUUGGAGGUCUGCAUGAGCAGCAAGCAAGUUCAGAGACAGACGCUGACGCCUCAGGAGAAGAUUCAGGACAAGCUGCAGGAGAUCAGGAAGGUGUCUCUGCGUCAGAUGAACCAGACUCGGUUCUACGUGGUGGAGAGCAGGAACCGAGCGGUGCAGGUCAACCUGCUGAUUGGAGGACUGCCCGCCCUGCUGAACAAAGAGGAGUACGCCAAGCUGAUCCAGGAACACCUGACCAUCAAAAGUCAUCUGGUCACCAUCAGCCACAUCUAUGCCAGUCAAGGUGCAGUGGCUUUGCAGAUCUCGUGUUUCUCUGAAGCAGAGAGGAUCUACAUGUUGGCUAAAGACACGACUGUCAGCAACAAGACGCUCACUUCACUCGUUAUCCCAGAGAUCUUGCACAAUCAGCUGGGAGAAGAUGUCUGUCCCCUGCUGGUGUUUGUCAACCCAAAGAGCGGCGGCCUGAAAGGCAGAGAGCUCCUCUACAGCUUCAGGAAACUUCUGAACCCUCAUCAGGUCUUUGACAUUUCCAAUGGAGGACCGCUGGCAGGCCUCCACACAUUCCGGGAGGUUCCCAGCUUUCGGGUGCUGGUCUGUGGGGGUGAUGGGACAGUGGGCUGGGUGCUGGGAGUACUGGAAGCUGUGCGGCACAAACUGGUGUGUCGAGAGCCGCCCAUCGGCAUCGUACCGCUGGGAACAGGUAACGACUUGGCCCGUGUCCUGAGGUGGGGACCAGGUUACAGCGGCGAGGACCCCCACCACAUCCUGGUCUCUGUGGAUGAGGCCGACGAGGUUCUAAUGGACCGGUGGACCAUCCUGCUGGAUGCACAGGACAUUUCUGAGGACGGAAAGGACAACGGCUUCCUGGAGCCACCCAAGAUUGUGCAGAUGAACAACUACUUUGGCCUCGGCAUCGACGCAGAGCUCAGCCUCGACUUCCACCAGGCCCGAGAGGACGAACCUGAUAAAUUCACCAGCAGGUUCCAUAACAAAGGUGUGUACGUGAAGGUCGGCCUGCAGAAGAUCAGUUACACCAGGAGUCUCCACAAAGAGCUGCAGCUUCAGGUCGACACUCAGAACGUCCCGUUACCAAACAUAGAGGGGCUCAUCUUCCUCAACAUACCCAGUUGGGGUUCUGGUGCUGACCUCUGGGGGUCAGAGGUCGAUGGUCGCCAUGAGAAACCAAGCAUUGAUGACGGCCUGCUUGAGGUGGUCGGGGUCACCGGGGUCGUUCACAUGGGCCAGGUGCAGAGCGGUAUGCGCUCAGGGAUUCGUAUCGCUCAAGGGAACUACAUCCGGCUGACGGUGAGCAAACCCAUACCUGUCCAGGUGGACGGAGAACCGUGGAUCCAACCGCCCGGACACAUCAUCAUCUCUGCUGCUGGACCAAAGGUUCGGAUGCUGAGGAAGUCGAAGCAGAAGCAGAAGAAGUCUGGUUCAAAGGACGGACGUUCUGAGAGUCCGUCCUCCAGAGAUGGAGGACACUGACCAACCUGCCUGAAAAUCAGUGUCGUGGAUUUUACCUACUUCCUGCUGCACCUGGGAGGCCAUUUUGGUGCCAACUGUAAUUUCACUCAUGUAGCUGUGUAGCGAUGCUGACGGGCUGCAGGUCGACUUGAUUGAAGGAGGUUUAACGUUUACACACGUUGGGAUGAAGAACUGGAUCGCCUCAAGUUUGGUACAGUUGGGAUCACAUUUCCAUCCUGCUGACUGAACACUUAUCACUUACAGAUGGUUAAUAUUCAGAAACUAAAUUGACUUUUGUACCUAAAGCGUAACAAUAACAUGUAAUUCAUAGAUUAAAAUUAUUCUGCAUAGAUUAAGAAAGAGUUGACAAUUUCUCAGUAUGAAUAAGCUUCAGCAUUGAACAAAAAAGUUAUAGUAUUUAACAGAAGUGAGUUUCUGUCCAGAUGUGACUGUAUAUGUACAGUAGGUAGCAGUAGACUCAGUUUCAGUUGAUUUAUUGUAGUAACUUUAGUUGUAAAAAGUAAUGUGCAGCUAUAGAGUGAUUAUGACCUCAGUGUUGGUCAUAUUGUCAUUUGAGAAUAUGAAAAAACUGAAGUACUGAAGCACUCCUGAAGAGACCGACAGGCAGUUUCUUUGAGAAGCUGUAACCUCAUUACAUUAAUCUUAACCAUAGAGCUCCUGGGAGGCUGAGCUGGCUCUCUUCUUCUUCUUCUUCUUCUCUUGUGUAGAAUUCUUUGGUAAUGGUGGUUUUAGACAGCAUUCAUGUUGCAGUGAAGCUCCUCAAAGCUAAUGAGCGCACAGAAUCAGACAAGAAAUCUCUAAAACCACCGUGCAGAGUCAGUGUGUAACCGGAACAAGAAUCAAGGAACUGAUGAAAAAACUAAGAUAAAUAAGUAAGAUCAGACUGAGCUGUGGCAACAAGUUUUAAACUCAAGAUAAAGUGGUAAAGCCUGAAGCACAAUUUGUAUUUUAGCAAAUGGGAAAUGUGAAGCUUUUACUUGUACACCAACUGUAAAUAUUUGAUUGGACGUAUGUGUCCAUGUUUCACGAGGUUUGUUUUGCCACAAAUAAUCAUUUUGUUAUAAUAUUUAGCACAAGACAUCGAUCUUGUGCAUAUUAGAUAAUAACGUGUGAACAAAGGAUUAAAAAAAUAUCUUUUGUGAUUUUGGAGACUUCAUAGAAACCUAUAAAAACAUGUGACAUUAUCGGAUUUACACAAAAUCUGGCAGUUGCAUAUCUGUAUCUGCUUAAGUUAAUCACUUCAAAUACUUGCACUCGUAUGAAAAAAAUUGUCAGUCCUAGAUCAUGUAUUUUGCGAAAAGUUAGAAAAAGUAGCCUAUAAAACAAGAGACGCUGCCGUAAAUAGUAGCACAUAAUAAUCAAAAAAAGUUAGCAUUGGGCUAAGUGCUCAUAUGACCAAGUUUGCAACCUUAACAAUUUUGUUUUGAUUAGCUUAGCACAAAACAACAAUUAGUGCACAAAGUUACAACAAAUUAAUUACAUUAAUUACUUAUCAAUUAAUUACAACAAAUAAAAAUCAGAAUUUUACAGGUUGUUCCGAAACAUAAGCCUGCCAAGAAAUCUGUACGUUAAUUUGUAUCUUUACGUUAGUUGGCUGCUAAGUUACAUAAUUGACUUAUCUGUUUGUCCAACUUUCAUAUUAAGAUUGCAAAACAUCAGCUGGAAUGCUACAGAUGUUGUUCUUGCUACGAUAGAAACUGUGCUGCAGGUUUACACUUGAUUUUCAGUUUAACGUUUUCAGCUGUGAAGUCUGACUGACUUUUCCUUCUUUGUCUUCUCCGAUAGCAGUUAGCUUGGUCUUCUCCGAUAGCAGUUAGCUUGUUGAGUCUAAAGUGCAUUUUAUUAAACUGAGUUUAUCUGAGUUUUCGAGCGGCAAACCCAAAAUUUAAAAGAGACAAAUGUUUGCUAUUUUUGUAACGGACAACACAGUUGUUCGUAAAUUCCCUCUUGCCCCCAAAGCCAACAGAAGAGAUCACAUUAGAAAAUGAGCCAUUGUAAUCAAAGGCUGCACCAGUUACUACUAGCUAAAUUACAGUGCCAUAUCUAGCUUGCAAGCUGGUUAGCAAAGCUAGCUACUUUGCUAGUAUGCCAAAACAAAACUUAAUUUAAGUAAAAUAGCUGUAGCUGCGGAUAGCACUCAAAACUGAAAGCUAGAAAACUAGCUCAGUGUUAGCUUAGCAAGCUGGUUGCUAAGAUAGCUUUCUAAAACAAAAUAAAAAACAAAUAUCAAUUAAUUUCAGGAAGAACAAAAAUGUAAAAAAUGGUAUAAAUUUAGUAAAAUUGGGGGACAAAAUGUGGCACUGCAAUUAAAGAUAGCACCAGACAUUAGCUAGUAAACUAGCUACAUUGCUAGCUAAACUAAACUAGAAACAUCAUUAGGUUGGCAGGCUAGUUAGCAAACUAGUUUGCCAAAACUUAAUUUGUGGAAUAAAUUGAGCUGGCAAGCUAGUUGCCAAGCUAGCUUGCCAAAACAAUAUUAAAACAAAACUCAGUUAAACGUAACAAUGAAAAUGUAAAUCAAGGGUAUGAAUUUAAUAAAACGUGGGAACAAAAUGUGGCACUGUUAAUGAUUGUGGCACUGAAAUUAUAGAUCAGACAUGAGCUAGAAAAUUAGCUACAUUAGCCUACUAGCUAAUCUAACCAGAAAUGUUAGCAAGCUACUGUAUUAGCAAGCUUGCUAGAUAGCAAGUUAGAUUGCCAAAACUGAAAUUUGUAGAUUAAAUUGAGGGUUUAAAUAAACUUUCCUUCAAUUACUAAAAUGGGGGAACACAGUGAAGCUACGGAUAUCACUAGAAACUGAAAGCUAGAAAACUAGCUUAGUAUUAGCUUGGCGAGCUGGUUGCCAAGCCAGCUCGCCAAAACAAUGUUAAAACAAAAUUCAAUCAAACAAAAAAUAAAUAGGUAAAUCAAGGGUAUAAAUUAAUAAAAUGCCGAAACAAAAUGUGGCACUGUGAAUGACUGUGGCACUGGGAUUAUAGAUAUCACACAUGAGCUAGAAAAUGAGCUACAUUAGUCAACAGCUAAUCUAAACCAGAAAUAUUAGUGAAUAAAAAAAAAUAUUGGCUAAUUAGCUACUAGCAAGCUAGCUAAUUACUUAUAUGAAGGCAUAAAAUUAAAUUUAUCACAUUAUUAGUUAUUUGAAGCAAUGCGUUGCAAUUUGAGGGUAAAAUUGCUCAAUUUAGGAGACAAUUUGUUGAAAAAAUUCAGUGUAUAACCAAAUGUCUCAGUAUAUACAGUAACUUUGAACUGUCAAAAUGAUCAUUUCCUCCAGAGUGUGACUGUAAAAUAAUCAUAAUAUUCCUGUAAUAAUAGCCAUUUGUACAAUAUCCGAUCUGCUAUUCUAAAAUGUUAACCUAAAUUAUUUUCUACAAGUUAUUAUUAGGUUUCUAACAUCAAUGCUGUUAUUGCUCAAAGGUAUAAAAGUGCAGAUGCAUGAGUUUAUUUUGCUGCCACCAGGAAACUUUGCGAACAUGAGCUUCAGCUGCCAGUUUGAACGCAAACGCCUCUUGACAGAAAGACGGAGGAGAAUUUAGUUAAAGAGGAACUUCGUCCACAUUCCCGGAGAUGCAGAACGUUAAGACUCUGGGCUAGAUCUUAUGCUGAACGUCUCAGCUCUUCAUGUAGCCACAACAGUAUUUGAUCACUGUACUCUGGUUAUAAUAUUUAGGUUUUUUUUUUUUUUAUUACAAGAUCUAUUAUUUUUGACGUCUUUGGUGCUAGAAUAAUAUCUCAUAGUUCUGUGUUUCAAGAUUCAAGGAUCUUGGUUUUAUUCAAAGCCUCAAACCAAACCCAAGUAGACGGAUGCUCAUAGUUAAUGAAUUUAUUUAAUGAAUUUAAUAAAUACAGAUUACAGUGAGGGUUUCUGGCCUUGAAUAAAGGAUGAUCUGAUACAUCA